CACGGCGUGCAGCAGCACGAGCUGCGCGCACGACAGGUUCUGCAACAGGUUCAGCAGCAGGCACACCGACAGCAUCCUGCGGAGGACGCCAACCUGUGCCUACCCGUUCCCUGACUGGCUACUCCACGCCGACCAUGAAGAAACAUGGUGAAAAGAAGCACGGUGGAGUCUACUCUGAGAAGAGAGAGAGAAAGGAGCCACCGGCCACUCCACCGGUCCCUCCACCCACUCCUGAAGAUGCACUCGCCGAGUCAUCAGCCUUGGUUUCCAGCCCGCUGGCGGCAUUAUCUCCACCUCUGUCACCAGCAGCCGGCGCAUUAAAGCAAGGCAGGCAACAAACGGUUACAGGACAGCGUGCCGUGUCAGCAGGAGCGGCAGCAGCACUCACGGGGGAACCCACACUCCCCCUCCGGCCCCUUGCUCGCCAUGGAAGCGCCACCGCUGCUGGCAAGAAGCAGACCUUCGCCCCCGGUUCCAUUCUUCCCAUCUCGCUAAGGAACAGUGCUCCGAACCUCGUCGGAGGCCGUAACUUACUCUACCAGCGUGCUGACUCGAGCCAAGUUGGAGCUUCUGGAUCUAAGCAGCCUUCCACCGCCGACCGCCCUCACCGCCUCACAGACGCGCCCCUGUUCGAUGACGAGGAAUCGAGCAGCACGACCGCGGUGGCGCCUGUGCCUCGAUCUGGAGGCGGCAGCGAAGGCAUUCUGAAGCGGCUGUUCUCGUCCUCCGGCCUGGCCAAGACGAAGUCCACGAUGAUGGCCACCAGCUCGGCCACAGCACACACGCUCGUGGGUCGCGAGGCGCCGCUAUCCGCCAGGCAGUCGACGACCUUCGGGCAAGGGUAUUUUAUUCCCGAUGCGACCCCUCGGGAAACCAGCCCAGCAGUUAAAAUUGUCCUGGUCACCGCCUCGGCGUUGGCGUUGGCGAUCUUCCUCUGCGUCCUUCUCCUCAAUAUAUACCGGACGAGCGGUUCGGCGGCGAAGAACCAGUGCGCAACGCAAGCCUGCGUCUCCUACUCCAGCCUGCUGCUCUUCUCCAUCAACCAGUCCGUCGACCCGUGCGAGAGCUUCACACGCUUCGUGUGCGACGGCUGGAAGCAGAAGCAGUCGCUCAGCGUGCGAGAGACCCACUUCAUCGACACCCUGGAUAAACUGCGCCUGUCGGCGCUCUCCGCUAGGAUCUCUGCCACGAGGCAGGACGACGUGCAACGUGCGCUGGCGCUUUUCCUGAGUUGCGACGACGUCGGACGGGGCAAAAGUAACCAGCUUCCCGUCGUCAAGAAAGCCCUGCUCGACGCAGGCAUCGUCUGGCCGGAAAUGCCUAGCAACGUCGACUUAGUGUACACGCUGCUCUACUGUUCCCUGACGCUGGGAUGGGGUACCGUGCUCGACUUUGCCGUUCUUUCGUCUCCGAGCGGACACACGCUCAUCGUUAAGGCCGGCAGCGCACUUCCGUUUGUCAUCGAUAAGACCCGCGGUUUCAAGAGAAGCGUCGCGAAGCUUACUUACUUCCACACGCUGGCGCUCGCCUUUCGUCUAGGACGCGAACGGAUGCCAACGGUCAGCUACUACAACACGACCGACGUCGAAAUGGAAGCACUGGAAAAGCUCGCCGCGCACCAUACCGCUUACGUAGUACGCGACAGCACUCCGUCGCCAUUGCAAGACAUUGCGAAGUCGACCCGCGCGCCCGUCUCCGACAGCCGCUGGACGGACUGCCUGGCCAGAAUUAAGCCUAAACUUAUCGGCAGCAUCAACGUCACAACCACCGCUCGGCUCUACGUGGCGGCAGUCCUGCAGCUUUGGGCACAUCUGGGAGAAAGCAGGUUACACUUUUUCGUCUCCUGGUGCACGGUGCAGGUGGCCGCUCUUUACGCCAACCAGGAACUCAUAGAGAACUACUACGACAAGAGCGCCAGCAGAAUUGGAGCCUAUCACGGAGCCUUCUGCCUCAGUCGCGCCAUGUCUCUGUCCGGUGUUCAGGCGUUGCUCUCCAACGAAGGCGUCGGGGACAUCUAUCAGAGCGACGCCGGCGCGUACGCCCGAGCGAUUACUUCGUCCGUUCGCGAGGCGUUCCGUAGCCGGCUUUCCAACUGGACGUACUUCAACCCAAACGUCACGGUCAUCUCCGAGUGGACAUCCUUGGCGGCGGUGUUUCGCUACGUCGCCGCCUCUGCCAACGACACUGCAGUGGUACCACUUGGCCAGCAGCCGGACAUGACGACCGACUCAUUCGUACGUAACUGGCAAAAGGUGGCGCAGCUGGGGAGCGACUCUGCAGGCUUAGCAACCGCCACGCUUUACUCGGCGAGCAAGCUCCCCUACUACCUAACAAUGCCCGAGGGCCGAGACUUCCAUUUCUUGCCCUACGCUUUGUCGUUCCCCUUGUUCGAAGCCGACAUGACGGAUGCCCUCAACUACGGCGGCCUCGGGGCCAUAGUCAGUCGCGCGCUUGGCGGGCUUCUCAUCGACGCUUACGCGGCUGACCCGGAAUCGGCAACGCCGGUCAACGUCCUGCUGGAUUGCCUGCGCGGAGACCCGUUCGCGGACCCGGGGAGCGACGACGCGGGCACUGCCUUCGGGCCAGAAGCUUUCGGAUUGGGUGCGUUAGUGGAGGCGUACAAGAGUGUGGCCGCGUCUGAUCGGUCACUCGCUGGCCUGGAAGCGUACAGCGCCAUGCAGCUGCUCUUCAUUGCCCUAUGCUACAACAAGUGUGAGGGCGUGUCGAAAAGAAACGACGAGUCCUUGUGCAACGUGCCACUGAGACACCUGCCGGCAUUCGCGGAGGCCUUCCGGUGCAACGCGCAUGCGCAAAUGAACUCCUUGCACCGCUGCCAUUUUAUAUGACGUGCUCUCACUUCCAACACACGUAGCCAACCGUGCUCCGUGUUAGAUGCGCCGAUGAUAUGGCCCAAUGGUGUACAUUAGUGCGUGACGGUGUGCUUGUAAUUAUUAUCAAGCAAUGUUCACGGACCUGUCAUUGACACUUCUCUG